AUGAACAACACCUCUAACGGACCUGAGAUGUUUCAUCAGGCAACAGGACUUCUCCUGAAUGGCAGCAAUGAGGCACCGUCUUCCCUGUUGAAUAAGAGCACAGGUGGAGAUGCUCUGCAGCUUCCUACUUUCUCCACAGCUGCCAAAGUCAGGGUGAUCAUCACCUUUGUCCUGUGUGUCAUCUCAGCGGUCUGCAAUCUUGCCGUGCUGUGGGCUGCCAGCACUAACAACCAGCGCAAGUCUCACGUCAGGACUCUCAUUAUGAACUUGACUGCUGCAGACCUGCUGGUGACUUUCAUCGUAAUGCCGCUGGAUGCCGCUUGGAACAUCACAGUUCAGUGGCUGGCUGGAGACGUAGCUUGCAGGAUGCUAAUGUUUAUGAAGCUGCUGGCAAUGUAUUCAUCGGCUUUUGUUACAGUGGUGAUUAGCCUGGACCGACAUUCUGUGAUCCUAAACCCUCUGGCUAUUAACAAGGCCAAGAAGAAGAAUAAAAUCAUGCUGAGUGUUGCUUGGGUGAUGAGUGUGAUCCUGUCAGUCCCUCAGAUGUUCCUGUUCCACAACGUGACCAUCACAGUUCCACAGAACUUCACUCAGUGUACGACACGGGGAAGUUUUGUCGAGCACUGGCAGGAGACCGUCUACAACAUGUUCACUUUUGUGUGCCUAUUUCUCUUGCCUCUGGUCAUCAUGAUCUUCUGUUACACAAGAAUCCUAGUGGAGAUCUCCAGAAGAAUGACCAAGGGAAAUGUAUCUUCCAGAGAAGUGCACCUACGUCGGUCAAAGAACAACAUACCCAAGGCCCGGAUGAGAACUUUGAAAAUGAGCAUUGUUAUAGUAAUGUCUUUCAUUAUUUGUUGGACUCCGUAUUACCUCUUAGGUUUGUGGUACUGGUUUUCUCCUGAGGAUCUGGAGGAGACUGUAUCCCAUUCCUUAACUCACAUGCUGUUCAUUUUUGGACUAUUCAAUGCAUGUCUAGACCCCAUUACAUAUGGCCUCUUCACCAUCCAUUUCCGCAAGGGACUGAAGAGAUACUGCGGUGGUGCGACAAUACUGGCUGAUUCAGAGAACACCACCAUGACAGCCUCCUUCAAGUAUUCAGCCUCUUCCUUUCCCAUGAAACGGCUGACCUGUAUAGCUCGGGAUGGACAGGGGCCCAGCAACAGUCAGAAGGAGCCAGACAAGAAGAGGGGCAGCUACUCCAGCUAUCUCACACUGUACCACAAAGGAGAGGAUGACACCGCUGAGACAAACCCUGAAAAUAUGAUAUAA